AGGAUAUCGACAAACUCCGGUUUUUCGCUGAAAACUCCCUUCUCAGAGUUUUAUUCGCAAGUUUUUUACAUAUUCAUCGCCAGUUGUUUCUUAUAAUCAUCGCCAGUUGUUUCAUCAGUUUUAAAAAAAAAUAUUAAAAAAAAUUAGUAGAUCCAUGAAUAUAUUAAAACCCUUUUAGGUAGUUUCCCUCAAUAUGGCGCUUAUACUCAUCGAUCCGUCCAAGUGGAACUUGGUUUGCACGGAUUAAUAUGAGAACCUUCCCGAGCAGGGCGAAUGCGAGUUGACUCUGCAGAUCGUGGGCCCGAACGGAUCGGAUUCUCGGCCUGUGACCUUCCGAGUCAGGCGGGAGAAUACUUCUCUGAUCCUCAGGGAUGGAUACGAGACGUUCGAUUGGCACACGUUCCCCCAUCACGUUGAGUGUUUCCGCAUCGAGACCCGCGACCUCUAUGAGAGGUUGAUCCAAAAGACGGAGCUGGCGGGGUACUACAUGGGGAUGGCACAGUCCGCCACGGCUGUGGGCACAGUCCGCCUGCAGUCGGACAUCUCCCUACUGCGGGCGCAGGCAGCUUCGGAGGUUGCAGGUGCACGCCAUGAGGCAGCGAUGCACAACCAGUUGAUAGCAUGACGACGGGGAAGACGGGCCUGGGGCGCCAACACAAAAGUCUCGGCUGACUUUUUUAGACGACGCCGAGUCAGUGGCUGAGUCGCUAAAGGUGGAGUUCGACCCAAUGGACGUCUGCACAUGGCGUCCUUGGUUCCGUGGGAAGACUCCCUACGAGAUUGAGAAGCAGCUGAAGCACAUUUUUCUUCGCGGCGAGGCACCCCGCACUGCGCCAGUGAAUGAUGCCUUCCAGGCGGUCCUGCGGUGGCUGUUGGCGGCGGAGGCCGACCCGCGGUAUUGGGCUGACCACCAGGGCACUGGGCGCAGGAUGGGUUUGACGUUGUUUUACAGGGUCAAUGGAUCCUCGUACAAGAUGACGGAGACUGAGUUUCUGCAGGCGUGCGAGGAGAACUCGUACAAUUUCGACCCGCUCCUCAAAGUUCUACGUUUGUCUGGCAAGAAGGACGCCUACAAGACAACAGGGUCUUCUGCCCCCGCGUCUUCUGUCGUGUGUUACAACUGCGGAAAGACGGGUCACAAAUCCGCGAUUUGUCCGCAACCAUCCCGGUACAGGAAAGGAGAGCCCAAGGCCAUCAUGGAGCGUCCUAUGAGCCGUACUUCCUCGUCCGGCACAAAAAACGGGAGGGCGGGGUCUGCGGUAUGA